AAACACUGCGGGAGGGUUGGAGGUGGGGGAGACAACUGAAAGGGAGGGGAAGAAAACGGACCCAGUUCAAGUUCCUAGGGGAGAAGGCGGCGCAAGACGGGAGGAAGAAAUCCCCGGAGCUGGUGAAGGAGCUGUGGGCCCGAGCAAAUCCGUGUGACACUCUCAGGGAUGUCUUCUUUAAGUGGAAAAGUACAAACUGUUUUGGGCCUUGUAGAGCCAAGCAAACUGGGGCGCACGCUGACCCACGAGCAUUUGACAAUGACCUUUGACAGUUUUUACUGCCCACCUCCUCCAUGCCAUGAAGCUACCUCCAAGGGACCUUUUGUGAUGGAAAAUUUGUUUUGGAUUCACCAGAAUCCUUAUUCUCAUCGAGAAAACCUUCAGCUGAACCAGGAGGUGGAAGCCAUAAAGGAAGAACUGUUGUAUUUCAAGGCUAAGGGCGGAGGAGCUGUGGUGGAGAACACAACCACAGGGCUCAGCAGGGAUGUGCACACACUGAAGUGGCUGGCAGAGCAGACUGGAGUCCAUAUCAUAGCUGGAGCUGGGUUUUAUGUUGAUGCAACUCACUCUACAGCGACCAGGGCCAUGUCAGUGGAGCAGCUUACAGGGGUCCUUAUUAGUGAAAUUCUCCAUGGAGCGGAUGGAACCAGCAUCAAGUGUGGCGUUAUUGGAGAAAUUGGCUGCUCCUGGCCUUUGACUGACAGUGAGAGGAAGGUACUUCAGGCUACAGCUCAUGCCCAGGCCCAGCUUGGCUGUCCUGUCAUCAUCCAUCCUGGACGGAACCCAGGUGCACCAUUUCAGAUCAUCCGUAUAUUGCAAGAAGCAGGCGCAGACAUCUCCAAAACAGUCAUGUCCCACCUCGACAGGUCUAUAUUUAAUAAGAAGGAGCUGCUGGAGUUUGCUCAACUUGGCUGCUACUUGGAAUAUGAUCUCUUUGGUACGGAGCUCCUUAAUUACCAGUUCAGCCCAGAUAUUGAUAUGCCCGAUGAUAACAAAAGAAUCAGAAGGGUCCGUUUCCUGGUGGAUGAGGGCUAUGAAGAUCGGAUUCUCAUGGCACACGACAUACACACAAAGCACCGAUUGAUGAAGUAUGGAGGUCACGGCUAUUCCCAUAUACUCACCAAUAUUGUUCCGAAGAUGCUCGACCGAGGGAUAACGAAGACGGUACUUGAUAAGAUACUCAUAGAAAACCCCAAGCAGUGGCUGGCUUUCAAAUAGGAUAGCUGUUCAUGAACCCAGACCCAGAGGGUAAAAUUUGCAGAGAAUCUUUGGCGAUUUCAAAUCUGCUGGAGACAUUAACACAAGCUACACAUGACCAAUGACUGACCACUUCCCUCCUAUGAGAAACUGGGUAAUUAUCACAGGAAAAUCUCUGGUGGCGGCUCCUAGGUUCAAAUGGAUCCUAUUGUCUUUCCUUAAUAAAAUAAAAUAUAGAAUAAUGUGUUUCCAAACAAUAAUUUAAAGCUAUAUCCCCCUAAGAGUCAUUUUGGGUGUAUUCCCCCGACCCCAACCCCCUGACUCUAUGAUCUCCACUACUUGAGAAAAACUAAAGUGUUUCUUGCUAAGUUGCCCCCUUCUGGGGCAAUCUAAUGUUUCUUGUAAUAUUGAUGAUCCUACUAAUUAUCCUGCUGUUCUUUAAUUAAUGUUCAAUGAAUAAUAUGGCAUUUGAAAAUCACUUUUGGAACAAGGGAAGUUAAAUUUUGAGACUUUUUUCCCCAAAGGAGACUGCAAUAAGAUUCCUAGUUCACAGCAACACAAAUAUUUUCGAAGUUUAACUGUCUAUCUAUGUAAACUUACAAUAAAUGAGUUUUGCUGACUUUGGCUUUCUGGUCUCCAUUUUUGCUGUUGUGUUGUGGUUUUGCAAAGUCUGUCUAAGGACAUGUAACAAUAGUGAGUUAUAAAAAUGCAAUCAUGAAAGUAAAAAUAUAUUACAUAAUAUAGUUUAAUGAAUCAUUACAGUUAUAAUAACAAAGGCCACAAUUUAAUUAAUUCAUGUUGUAAUGCAAAGAAAAAGCGAAAUGGUUGCCUUAUAUAUAUAUAUAGUCCCUUUAUUUCAUUUACCUCUUAUUUCUUUUUUCCUCAGGCCUAGACAGAGAAAAUAAUGCUUAUUUGUCUAAAGAAAAGGUCAGGUCUAUUGGAAAUGACAGUCUGUUUGUAAACACUACUCUUUAGAAGAGAUCCAGCCAUGACAUUCUGUGCUAAUAAAGCAUUUCCAAAAUGUAGUUAAAACGCUUAAUUGAUGUGCAGUGUUGUUUAUGAGUUAAUCCUUUGAAUCCUCGCUAUGUGAUUUGGUACCUAAAACAAAUCCCUAAUCCCUUGCUUCCAAUCCAUCUUUGAUAAAUAUAUGCUGUUAAGCAGAAAUUAAAACUGUGGCAAUUCAUCUGUGGGCUACCUUACAUAUUAGAAGGGCCAAAUUGAAGUAGUCACUGUUCUCGAUGCAUGAUCUAAGUGUUUCUGUCAUAUAAAUCAUGACAGUUACUCAGACCAAGGCAUUUAGACACAACCAACACCACCUUUUUAUGGGAACACCAUGCAUAACUCUUGGAAAGUCGGAGCUUGCUAAUCUAAACCCAUUUCAGUUGAUCAACGCUGAUCAAGCUCUGUAUAUUAGAACAAAAAGUACCAAAGGAAAAUGAGCCAAAAGAACAACCCGAUUCCUUUAGAGAGAAAAAAAUGCAAAUGUCCUUCCCCAGGAAAACAAGCAGAUUUCUACAUCUCUGGUUUUGAAAUCUGCUUGUCAAAGAGUGUUCAAAGGCAACUGAAAGGGGAACAGAUUUUCCAUUGUAAGAGAAGUUGUGCGCUAGUAGGGACGUA